UUAAACAACAAGUGUUUUUUUAGUUGGUCAAGAGUGCGAGUUGGUUGAGUUCGUCAAAAUCAAACAUGAAUACUGAAAAAACACCAUAUCCACCAGCUUAUGCUGAAGUUUAUCCCAUUAUAUCACAACCAGAACCAAAUGCAUACAAUGCAAUCGGGUGGCAACAACAGCCAACGGAAGAAUCUCAAGGUUUUGAAGUUCAACCUACUCAACCAGCACCUCCUGCGUAUUCUCCAAUACAACAACCAGUUGCAACUGCUACAGUUUUACGAAAUCAAUCACGCAUUGGCUUAUAUCCCAUCAAAUUGACACCUUGUCCAAGUUGUUUACGAGAAACUAAAACAACAAUUAGCUUUGCCACAACUCUCAAAACACAUUUAUUUGCCCUUAUUUUAUGUGUAGCUUGCUGCUGGUGUUGUGCUCCAUUACCUUACAUAACAAAUAAUGCAACUAAAACUGCUAAUCAUUUUUGUGAAAAUUGUAAAAUGUAUAUUGGAUCAUAUGAUCGUAAUCCAUGCAAGUGGUAGCUUCACGCAAUUCAAACCUUUGACAUUGACAAUUAACUGUGAUUGUGACAUUGAUGGGAAGCAG